UUUCCGCAAGCGCCUGCGCAAAUAAUAAACGCGCCACAUGUUUCAAUUCAUUCAUUUGUGUAUUUUUGGAUGCUCUUGGGAAAAUAAGUUUAAGUGAAACCUCAUAACAUAAGAGUGAAACCAUUUAAUGUAAUUAUGUCGAAUAUGAAGUACAUUUUGGUUACGGGUGGUGUAAUUAGUGGGGUUGGUAAAGGUGUUAUAUCAAGUACAUUUGGUGCUAUUCUAAAGAGCUGCGGAAUCGAAGUUACCUCCAUUAAAAUUGAUCCAUACAUAAAUUUGGAUGCUGGCACGUUUUCUCCUUAUGAACAUGGUGAAGUUUAUGUUCUUGAUGAUGGAGGUGAAGUCGACUUGGAUUUGGGAAACUACGAGCGAUUUCUUAACAUAACAUUACAUAAACAAAAUAAUAUUACCACAGGGAAAAUCUACAAACAAGUUAUUGACAGGGAAAGACAGGGAGAUUAUCUUGGAAAAACUGUUCAAGUGGUGCCACAUGUCACAGAUGCAAUUCAAGAAUGGGUUGAACGAGUUGCACAAAAGCCUGUCUCAGAGACAGGUAAAAUCCCAGAAGUCUGUAUAAUUGAAUUAGGAGGAAUUGUUGGAGACAUUGAAAGCAUGGCUUUUGUUGAAGCAUUCCGACAGUUUCAGUUCAGAGUAAAAAGAGAAAAUUUUUGUGUUGCACAUGUUUCAUUGGUUCCACAGCCUAAAACAACAGGGGAGCAUAAAACUAAACCCACACAAUCUUCUGUUAGAGAACUUAGAGGUUUGGGUUUGUCUCCUGACAUUAUUGUUUGUCGUUCAGAAAAACCAAUUGGUCAAAGUGUAAAAGAUAAAAUUUCGAAUUUCUGUCAUGUGGCUCCAGAACAAAUUAUAAGCAUUCCCGAUUUAUCUUCUGUUUAUGAAGUACCAGUAUUUAUGGAAAACCAUGGAAUGGCAUCUUAUCUCAAUGAACGUCUAAAACUUGGCCUGACAUUUGGUUCAAGCAAAAGAUACAUGAAACCAUGGAUUGACCUAAGUGAGAGGAUGAACCAUCUUAAGGGUGAAGUUGUUAUUGCAAUAGUUGGUAAAUACACACGUCUUGAAGAUUCCUAUACUUCAGUUACUAAAGCUUUACAUCAUGCUGGUAUAAAAGCUGGAUUCAAGGUUAUUAUUAAGUUUAUUGAGGCUUCAAAUUUGGAGAAUACAAUGCUACAAGAUGACCCUGUUGCCUAUCAUGAUGCCUGGCAUACUUUAUGCCUUUGCGAUGCUGUGGUUGUUCCUGGAGGUUUUGGAAAACGUGGUGUGGAGGGAAAGACAGUGGCUUGCAAAUGGUGUAGAUUAAAUAAAAAGCCAUUCCUAGGUAUUUGUUUGGGUUUCCAGUCGGCUGUUAUCGAAUUUGCCCGCAAUGUUUUAAAUAUUCAAAAUGCAAAUUCCUCAGAAAUUGAUGACAAAUUAGAAAACCCAGUCAUUUUGGAUAUGCCCGAGUACAAUACCAGUGAAAAGGGAGGCACUAUGAGGUUGGGAAAGAGAGCUACAAUGUUUAGAAUUAAAGAAAAUAGUAAAAUAAACCAACUCUAUGGAAAUAAAGACACCAUCUAUGAACGACACCGGCAUAGAUAUGAAGUCAAUACAGCAUACUUGAAUGAUUUGGAAAAGAAUGGAUUAAAGUUUGUUGGUUGCAGUUUGGAUCAACAACGUCUUGAAAUAUUUGAGUUGGAUAACCAUCCAUAUUAUGUGGGUGUUCAGUACCAUCCUGAGUACCUCUCAAGGCCAUUAAAUCCAUCCCCACCAUUCUUGGGGCUUAUUUUAGCUGCCAAAGACAAAUUGAAAAGUUAUUUGUCUAAGGGUUGUAAGUUGUCACCAAGAGAACCACAAUCUGAGUACUAUGACUCUGAAGAAGAGGAAAUAAAUGAAUUAACAGUGACAGUAAACAAUCUGUCUGCAAAUGAUACCGAUAGUAGCGCUUACAGCAGUUCUAGUAUACCUUAAGUUAAAAUAUAUCUUUAGAUUAAAUUAUGUGAUCCAUGAUAGAUUUUAUCAUAUUUCCAGUUUUUAUUUUCUUCAUAUAAUAGAAUUUAUUUUCUGUAAAUUUUAUUUUCUCAUAAAUGUAUUUGAUGUAAAGAUGUUUUAAUAAAAUUAUUCUAAAUAUACCUAAUGUCACGGCG